AUGUGGGGGCUGGAGAGAUGUUUCCUGCUGGGCUCUGGCUCUAGGAUGUUGGAGACCCGAGAGGAAGAGCUGACCACGGUGCGCGUGCAGGACCCGCGGGUGCAGAACGAGGGCUCCUGGAAUUCCUAUGUGGAUUAUAAAAUCUUCCUGCACACCAACAGCAAGGCCUUCACUGCCAAGACCUCAUGCGUGCGGCGCCGGUACCGUGAGUUCGUGUGGCUGAGGAGGCAGCUCCAGAAGAAUGCUGGCUUGGUGCCUGUCCCAGAGCUGCCCGGGAAAUCCACUUUCUUCGUGGGCAGCACGGAUGAGUUCAUCGAGAAGAGGAGGCAGGGGCUGCAGCAGUUCCUGGAGAAGGUGGUGCAGAACGUGGUGCUCCUCUCCGACAGCCGGCUGCACCUUUUCCUGCAGAGCCAGCUCUCCGUGCCCGAGAUCGAGGCGUGUGUGCAGGGCCAGGGCCCGCAGACGGUGACCGGAGCCAUCCUGCACUACGCCAUGUCCAACUGCGGCUGGGGGCGGGACGAGGAGCCGGGAGGGGACCCGCACGGCAGCUGUGCCGGCCUGGGAAGCCCCCAGGGUCCGAGCUGCCUGGAGACCUGCCCGGACUGGAGCGACUUUGGGAUGGACGACGCCCCCUCGGACAGUCUGGAGGAGCCCGCAGAGCCCUCGGGCCGACGCCGGGAGCUGCAGUGA